UGUACCCUGUGCUUGCACUCUGCUAGCAAGAUGCUCUGACAGAAAUAUCAGCUCUCUCCCCCACCUGCUUGGUCAGGAAUGGUACAGUCUGCAGAGGGACUCCUGUAAUGUAGCUCAGCUUAUCAAUCCCUUACAGAUGCCGAACAGUGAUUACUCCGCUGUGUAAUUGAAAUCAUUUUGGAUUUGUGAUGAUAUCUUAGCCAAGUCCGGAGGAAGAGAUGACCAUGUAGAUACUACAGCCUGAGUGCAGCAUAAUGGGAAAUGGUGAAUGGAAUGGAGCUGGUCUGCAGCCUUGAAAGCAGCCAUCCUAUGGACUAUUUCCUGGUCAGGGACACUUCAAUCAUCAGAGGCAUUCUCCACUGACUUCACUGAACACCCACUGGAUUCUUCUUAAUCCCUUAGGUUGGAAUUUGAGUUUCCUCCCUUGCAAUUUUGAAGCAAUUUUAAAAUUCCAUCUAGUAUACAGAGUGGAACAAUACAAUCAGCAACAAUGGGUGACAUGACAAACAGCGAUUUCUAUACCAAGAACCAAAGAAACGAGGCCAACCAUGCAGGAGAGUUUGGGUGCUCGCUGGAGGAGCUGCGCUCCCUCAUGGAACUCAGAGGAACAGAAGCAGUAGUAAAAAUUAAGGAGACGUAUGGGGACACAGAGGGCCUCUGCAGGCAUUUAAAGACAUCACCAACAGAAGGAUUACCUGGCACUGCUGCGGAUCUAGAAAAAAGAAAGCUUAUUUUUGGGCAAAACUUUAUACCUCCAAAGAAGCCAAAAACUUUCUUACAGCUAGUUUGGGAAGCACUACAGGAUGUGACUCUUAUAAUCUUGGAAAUUGCAGCCAUCAUAUCUCUGGGGCUCUCAUUUUAUCAGCCACCUGGAGAAGGGAACGAAGGUUGUGCUACUGUAUCAGGAGGAGCUGAAGAUGAAGGUGAGGCAGAAGCUGGCUGGAUUGAAGGUGCCGCUAUUCUACUCUCUGUUGUUUGUGUUGUACUCGUCACUGCCUUUAAUGACUGGAGCAAGGAGAAGCAAUUUCGUGGGCUUCAAAGUCGUAUUGAGCAGGAACAGAAAUUUACUGUGGUCCGAGGUGCACAAGUUAUUCAAAUCCCAGUGGCAGAGAUAGUAGUUGGUGACAUUGCACAGGUUAAAUAUGGUGAUCUCCUGCCCUCUGAUGGGAUUUUCAUUCAAGGAAAUGACCUUAAAAUUGACGAAAGUUCUUUAACUGGAGAGUCAGAUCAAGUCCGCAAAUCUGUUGACAAGGACCCUAUGCUGCUCUCGGGUACCCAUGUCAUGGAGGGCUCUGGGCGAAUGCUCGUAACUGCUGUGGGAGUGAAUUCUCAGACAGGCAUCAUCUUUACUCUAUUAGGGGCUGGUGGAGAAGAGGAGGAAAAGAAAGAUAAGAAAGGUAUGAAAAAGGAGGAUGGACAUCAGCUUCCAGUAGAUUCUUCCCAUCCCUCCUCCCACCCUCCUUCAGCUACAGAUGGUGCAGCAGGUGCAAAUGCCACUGAUAAUGCAAAUGCCAGCUUAGUCAAUGGCAAAAUGCAGGAUGGGAAUAUGGAGAACAGCCAGAAUAAAGCCAAGCAGCAGGAUGGUGCUGCUGCCAUGGAGAUGCAGCCAUUGAAGAGUGCAGAAGGAGGAGAGGGAGAUGAAAAAGAAAAGAAGAAGUCUAGCAUGCACAAGAAAGAGAAAUCUGUCCUCCAGGGAAAGCUGACCAAACUAGCCGUCCAAAUAGGCAAAGCAGGUUUGGUGAUGUCGGCCAUUACUGUAAUAAUUUUGGUACUGUACUUCGCUGUUGACACUUUUGUUGUCAACAAGAAGCAGUGGUUGCCCGAGUGCACUCCUGUUUAUGUUCAAUAUUUUGUCAAGUUCUUCAUCAUUGGUGUUACUGUGCUCGUGGUUGCUGUUCCUGAAGGACUUCCACUUGCUGUCACUAUUUCUCUGGCUUAUUCUGUUAAGAAAAUGAUGAAGGAUAACAAUCUGGUCCGCCACUUAGAUGCUUGUGAGACUAUGGGUAAUGCUACGGCCAUCUGCUCUGACAAAACAGGGACACUUACAACCAACAGGAUGACAGUAGUACAAGUCUACAUUGGUGAUGCCCACUACAAAGAGAUCCCUGACCCAGAUUCUAUACCAAGCAAAACCCUCGAUUUGUUGGUUAAUGCAAUUGCCAUCAACAGUGCCUAUACUACAAAAAUUCUGCCACCAGAAAAGGAAGGUGGCCUGCCUCGUCAGGUUGGCAACAAGACAGAAUGUGGCCUGUUGGGGUUUGUCCUGCAACUGAAGCAAGAUUACCAGCCUGUUCGGAAUCUAAUCCCUGAGGAGAAACUCUACAAAGUAUACACGUUUAACUCCGUGAGAAAGUCAAUGAGCACUGUCGUUAAAAUGCCAGAUGGCAGUUUCCGAAUGUACAGCAAAGGUGCUUCUGAAAUUGUUCUGAAGAAGUGUUCUAGAAUCAUUAAUGCAGCAGGUGAGAUUCGUGUCUUCAGACCCCGUGACCGGGAUGAGAUGGUGAAGAAAGUGAUUGAACCCAUGGCCUGCGAUGGACUGAGAACUAUUUGCAUCGCAUACCGGGACUUCAGCAGCAACCCAGAACCAGACUGGGACAGUGAAAAUGACAUUUUAACUGACCUGACCUGCAUUUGUGUAGUUGGUAUUGAAGAUCCAGUAAGGCCUGAGGUCCCAGAAGCCAUAAGAAAGUGCCAGCGAGCUGGAAUUACAGUCCGCAUGGUCACUGGGGACAACAUCAAUACAGCUCGUGCCAUCGCAAUAAAGUGUGGAAUUAUUCAUCCAGGAGAAGACUUUCUCUGCAUAGAGGGAAAGGAGUUUAACAGGAGGAUCCGAAAUGAGAAGGGAGAGAUUGAGCAAGAACGUAUUGACAAGAUCUGGCCAAAACUACGAGUACUUGCUCGCUCAUCUCCCACAGACAAACACACUUUGGUGAAAGGUAUUAUUGACAGCACGCAGGUGGAGCAGAGGCAGGUUGUUGCAGUAACUGGUGAUGGAACCAAUGAUGGACCGGCACUUAAAAAAGCCGAUGUUGGCUUUGCAAUGGGUAUUGCAGGUACUGAUGUUGCAAAGGAAGCCUCAGAUAUUAUCUUGACGGAUGAUAAUUUCAGUAGCAUUGUGAAGGCUGUAAUGUGGGGCCGUAACGUCUAUGAUAGCAUCUCCAAGUUCCUACAGUUCCAACUUACUGUUAACGUUGUGGCUGUGAUUGUGGCUUUCACUGGGGCAUGUAUUACACAGGACUCUCCACUGAAAGCUGUGCAGAUGCUGUGGGUCAAUCUAAUUAUGGACACCUUUGCUUCUCUUGCUCUGGCCACUGAACCCCCUACAGAGUCUCUACUGCUAAGGAGACCAUAUGGCAGAAACAAGCCUCUUAUAUCACGUACCAUGAUGAAGAAUAUUCUGGGCCAUGCUGUCUACCAGCUAACUCUCAUUUUUACGCUUCUCUUCGUUGGUGAAAAAAUGUUUAAGAUUGACAGUGGUCGGAAUGCACCACUCCACUCUCCUCCUUCUGAGCACUACACCAUUAUCUUCAAUACCUUUGUCAUGAUGCAGCUAUUCAAUGAAAUCAACGCACGCAAAAUCCACGGCGAGAGGAAUGUUUUUGAUGGCAUUUUUAGAAACCCUAUAUUUUGCACUAUUGUACUGGGUACAUUUGCUGUACAGAUAGUAAUUGUGCAGUUUGGUGGGAAACCUUUCAGCUGCUCUCCUCUGCAGCUUGACCAGUGGAUGUGGUGCGUAUUUAUUGGACUAGGAGAACUUGUCUGGGGUCAGGUCAUUGCAACCAUCCCAACAAGUAGGCUAAAGUUUUUAAAGGAAGCAGGGCGGCUCACUGAAAAAGAGGAAGUACCUGAAGAAGACCUGAAUGAAGAUGUUGAAGAAAUUGACCAUGCAGAGAGAGAACUUCGACGUGGACAAAUUCUCUGGUUCAGAGGGCUCAACAGAAUCCAAACUCAGAUCCGCGUCGUGAAGGCAUUCCGUAGCUCUCUCUAUGAAGGGUUAGAAAAACCAGAAUCUAGAACCUCCAUUCACAACUUUAUGACUCAUCCUGAAUUUAGGAUAGAAGAUUCCCAACCCCAUAUCCCACUCAUUGAUGACACAGACCUAGAAGAAGACCCUGCUCUCAAGCUAAACUCUAGCCCACCGUCUUCGCUGAACAAGAACAACAGUGCUAUCGACAGUGGAAUAAAUCUUACAACUGACACAAGUAAAUCAGCUACCUCUUCUAGUCCAGGAAGCCCAAUACAUAGCCUGGAGACAUCACUUUAGCUGAAAGUUCACUGCAAAAAAAUAUAUAAAUAAAAACAGCAACAGAAGUAUAUAUAUAUAUAUAUAGAUAGAUAUAUAAAAAACUGUGCUGGCUGAGAAGCUGUUUGAACUCUUAUUCACUUUGUGACAAGUGAAUGAAUUACUGAUCACAGUGGUUUGGGGGAAAGAAUGAAUGGCUGAUUUACAUACCCCUUUUUGCUCCCUUGCAGAAAAACAAAAACAAAGAACCCUCCUGCAUGAAUGUACUGUGCACUUCCAGCCCCCACCCCGCUUUCUCUCACGCGCGCUGUCUCUCUCUCUCUCUUUUUUUUUAAGCAGUAAAUGCAGAGGACUUUUUUCUGAGGCUAUUUAUCCAAUUCACUGGUCUGUGAGUUUUUUGAAAUGCUUGUGUGGCAUGGAUUCAGUUGUAUAGAUUAAUUUAAAUAACGUUUUUGAAGUUGCAAAGCUUAACUUGCACAGUAGAUUUGCACCAGUUGGACAGAGAAACUUAAACAAUUAUGAGAUUAUAUAUAGAGAUGUAUAUACUUAUAUGUAUAUAUAAUUAAUGAUAUACAUAUAUAUGUAUAUAUCUAUCUAUAUAUUUAGUUAUAUAUAAAGUUUCUUUGUUGGCAUGUUGCCUUGUUUCUGCUCAAAUUGCUCUGACUAUUUUAACUUAUUUAUGUCCUAAAAAAAAAAAGAAUGUAAUUUGUUUACAAACCUGUAGAUAAUAUCCUUAACUAUUUGUAGAAUUAAGAAAGCACUUCCUGCCGAAGUAGUAUAAAAAUUGCUCAGCUCUUUGAAAACUUCUGUAAUAUUGCACCUUGGAUGUUUUAUUACAACCGUGUUCUGAUUUUGCCUGCCUUUUUUUUUGUUUUUUUUGUUUUUUUUUUGUUUUUUGGUUAAAUAAUGUAGAUACUGCUAGCAAAUAACAAAAGAAGCCAAAAUAUAACACAUUGGAUGUAGCAUUGUUAUCCUAUAUACAGGGCAGUGAACAGGCUUCCUUUGUUUCAAAUACAAAGUUGAAAUGAUCAGGUUUUCUUUCCUCUUUUUUUUUUUUUUUUUUUUUAAAUAAAUUGCUUGAACUUGUUUUGGUGCAACACUCGAUGGAGGCCAUUUCAUUGUUUCAGUGUAUUGCAAUGGCUUCUUCAAAGUAUUUUUUAAAAAAAGUUGUUAUAUGAAACUCAGUUUAGUUUAUGAAUAACAAUUCAAAGAUAAGUUAUAUUUGGCUUUGUGUAUGGAGAUCAAACUAGUGUUGAAAUAUUGUGAUAUAUUGUGUUGAUUCUUUUCCGUUAGUAAUUUAGACAUUCAUUUCUUUAUUAAUUACAAGAAUAUGGGCUGUUGGCAUUUUGGAUGGAAAAUCACUAUGGUUUAUUGCUUUGACUUUUUAAAAGAAAAAGAUAAUCAUUUUCUGCACUAUCUAGAUCUGAAUGAAAUUUUAUGAAGUGUAUAUUGAAAUGUGCUUUGUGUGAUUUUUUUUAUCAAGCUUGUCUUCCUGUAGUCACAAAAUAUACUGUAGCUAAUUAACAAUGUUGUUUUACCUAUGUAUUGAGCUUUCGACAAGGGAAGCCAUUUUGAAAACCUGCAGUAUCAUGGGUGAGAAAUAUUUUUCAAGAUGGUAAUAGCCCUGGUAACUUAAAUUUAUGAGCUUAUAUAAUCGCUAUGUCAACCACUUGAAUGCUAAGCACUUUGUGGGUCACAGAUUUUUCAUAAAUAAUUUUGUAUUUAAUACAAAGUUUGCUUCAAGACUUUUCAGCAAGCAUAUGAUCUUUUCCAUAAUCUUGUACAGUGCAAAAGACAUUUUGAAUAACAUGAUCAAUUAUGCCAGAAAAACACUUUCAAACUAGCUUGAUAAAUUGAUUUGUUGUUGUAUUGUGUGUUGUUUUAAAGUUGACUAAGAAAGCGGUGCAUCUCUGCAGUCACAAGAACUAUUACGAGCCAGAGAACUCUCCAAACAAUAUUAGACUCAUGGCCAAACUGCAGAUUGAAAUGACUAAAAGAGUUUUCAGGGUGCAUCAGGACUAUUCAGCCAGGUAAAACUCUAAUCAGCUUGAAUUGCCAGCUUCCGGACUUUUGUGCAGAAGCUUGAAUGUUUUUUGGCUCAGACUCCUAGCUCACUGUCUGAUUUAAACUUUUCACUGAACAGCAGAUCUUUCAAGGCUUACAGAACUGUUUUCAACAGAUACCGUUACCCAUUUCUUAACAGUAAAAGCUGGCAUGAAAACAUAAUUGAAUUUAACUAAUUCUUAGUAGCAAAGUGAUUGAAACUUAGUAGCAUUGUUCCUUGGAUUGUAAAUACAGGGACUGACCUUUGUAUAACAUGUAUUGGGUUUCUAUGGCCUAUUUGGGAUACCAUGUUCAGAAAAAAAAGUUAUCCAUUCUAUUUAUAGGGAAGAGCCUCUGUCAUUGCAUUGGACUUGAGCAGCUACAAAAUCUGUCAGUACUGGAACGUAAUUUUCAAUAACUUAACAAUGAUGAUUUGCCUUUUAUUUUCAAGCUAUCUUUUUCGUCAGAUUCUUUCUUUGUUUCAUUUGAUUUAAUUUUCCUCUAGUAGAACCCAUUCAGAAUACCUAUAGGGUACCAUUUGCAGACUUGAAAAACUGUUUAAAAAUAAAUGAACACAACAUUCUCUGUGUGUAUAUAUAGUAAAAACAUAUAUAAAUUGAGAUGCAUAGAAAACUUGGGCUUCUGUGAGCAGAGACUGUGCUUUAUGUAUAUGAUAAAUGAUAGACUUUUUUUAAAAAAAAUUAGAAUAGUUAUGACCUUUCAACUACAAGUCAUGCAUCACAAUUCAUUUCUUUUAUUGCUUGACCUCGCUGUGAUGGGAACAAUGGAUCAAAAAACCAAAAUGAUCAGUUUGUUAAAAUUCACUGCAAUAUAUAAAUGCUUGCUCUCUACAUACUGUACUUAGCAGCAUGAGAUUUGUGGAAAACAAUACAGUGGUACAUUUGGCAAUCCGUCCCAUUAGGGGUUAUUAACAUAUAUUAAUUCAUCUGUUUUUAUGAAUUUUUUUAUCUAGACAAUAAUUGUAAAUAAAGAACUUACUGUCUCUGUUCAUUUAAUACUAUGCAAAAGGUUAUGCUUUCUAUUGUUUAUUCCUAUUCCUACAGUGUGAUGCUGGAAUGUUUGUGGUUUAAAAAACAAAAAAACAAACAAAAAAGACAAAAGUAAGUAAAAUAUGUGAUGUAAAUUAUUUUAUAGUUUGAAACAAAAUGAUAAAGUUUUAUUCUUGCUGCUUACUGUCUAAUAGAUAUCUCCUGGCAGGAGCACAAGUGGAAAAUUAAAUAAAAAUAAAUUCACAAAGCAGCAUGAA